AUGGCACCGAAAGCUUUGACGGAUUGCCCCGAGAACCUUCGAGAGGCAAUCGACUGGCUCAUCCAGGUGAAGCAGGGUGGCGGGAUCCCAAGGCUGUCCGAAGCUCUGAGUAAGUUGUUCGACAAUGUUGUUCAGGACGGUGAAAAAGCUCUGCCGUCUGUCCCCGAAUCAGAUGAGCCGUCCGCCAGAGAUGUUAUCUCCAAGCUUCAAACGUUUCGGAGCUCUUUUCCGAAAGACUCUUCGAAUAAUAAUCAAAACAUUUUACAUAAUAUCUGUUCCGCCGUUGAGAGCUUUUUAGGCUAUCAGCCUCCUGGAACCUACAACGGUUCCGGGAUUGUGUAUGGCUCCGCCUCCCGUUUGUGCGAUGCAGUUGUGUCCUUCUUGCAUAGAGUGUUCAGUGAUGUCCGUGAUAAUCAGCCGUAUGUUGUUGGUGGAGCAUUGUUGAGUGGCCUGGUUAGCGACCUCGAAAAAGCGAGAUGGGCUGGCCAUCAUGGCUUCAAGUCUGUCAUCCCCAAGGUGGCCAGUGGCCUCGGGGAAUAUAACAGAAAGGUUAAGGACUCCAAUGACAGAGUCAAGAGGCCGAUCAGUGACAUUAUCGCAUACGUCAAAAGUGAAGGUGGUGAGUUGCCUCCUAAUAUACGUGACCUAAAUGAAACUAAUCCUUCAGACCCUGACGUUAAGGCAGCCGAGGAAUUGGCGAAGGAAUGCAUUGGAAAGGGUAAGGACUUCGGUAAAGCCUUCACUUCUAAAACACAUAAGCAUUACAUGAAAGAUGCGUUUGAUGAUUUGAAUGGAUCGUUGCGUGACAAAAUUCAUAAUGCCCGUAACAGCGUCGGCCGUGAGACUGCGAUGCUGAAGAAGUGGACCAGUAAGCAACUUGACAACUAUAAGGCUAUGGUCAAGUUGAUCAAGCAGGCCUUCAGGAAACUCAAAGUUAAUAUCAACUCAAGGAUUCGGAAGGAAGUUACUGAACUUGCGGAAAGGCUAAAGGGAUUGGUUGGGAACAUCUUAGUUAAGCUUAACAGAAUAAGUGUGCUGUUGGGAAAAUGCACCUUUGACCUGGGCAAGUGGAUGACGGAGGCUAACGGAAUUAUAGAUGCAGCAUUGAGAUUGGUGCAGAACAUUUAUGAUGAACUUGAUGAUCCAAAAAAAAGCAAGGAUAAACUUGACAAGGCUAUUGAAAAAGUUGAGGAGAAGCUGGAGGAAAGAGUCAAGGACUUGAAUAUUUGGAAAAGCACGGCGGAGAAUAUUCUUGCGCUUGCAGGUGUUAAUGCGGAUAAGAUUUAUAUUGAUUUGGUUCAUGAAAAUAAAACAGCUACAAUUGGUAAGAGCAUAACGAACAUAACUAACGCGAACAAUGAUAUUAUCGGUGCUAAUACAAAACUUGGCAACCAUAUCACUGAGUUAGGUGACUGGAAAGGUGCGGCGGACACUUUGCUUGAAGGUGUGAUUUUAAACACUAAUCAAGUGCGUGGCAGCUUGGAUUAUACUAAGCAAGACGGUGUUGUUGGUAAAAAUAUUAAGGCAAUUGGAGAAUGUAACAAGGAAAUUUCAGAUGCAAAUAAUACUCUCGGAAGGGAGGUAGAGAGUCUGGGAAAUUGGAUUAAUAAAGCGGCGAACAUUCAUGACAAGGCACAGAAAAUGGCUGAAGGGGCCUAUGACUUCUUGAAAAAGUAUAAGGAGUCAAAGACUGGUAAAAGGGAAGAAACGGAGCUCACUAAAAAUAUUAAAAUUAUUGAAGCGGCGAAUAAGAAUAUUGUUGAAGUUAAUAAAAGGCUGAACGAUGCUGACAUCGAUUUGGGACAGUGGAAGGAAGCGGCGGAGAGAGUGCUUAGCACAGCGGUUCAUAAGGCGGUGGAUGUGAAGAAUAAGUUGGAUCCUAAUCAACAUGACGAUAAGCAUAAAAUUGGUCAGAAAAUUAAUAAUAUUAAGACAGCAAGACAAGGACUUGAAGAUGCUAAAAAUAAGCUUCACGGUCAUCUUGAGAGUUUGAGUGACUGGAAGGUGGAGGCGGAGAGUGUUAUUAUAAGUGCGGUAAGGAAGGCGGAGAAUGUGUGGAAAGCGUUGGAUGAAACAAAAAAAGAAGAUAAAUCGCUUGGAAAAAAUAUUGAGAACAUUGAGACCGCAAAAAAGGCGAUUGAAAAUGCGAAUCAGAGUCUUGGUGAGGAAGUUGGGCACUUGAAUAACUGGCAUACUGCGGCUGACAAAAUUGUCGCAGCUGGAAAAGUGAAGUGUGAAAAAAUUUUGGAGAGAGUUAUUAAAGAUGGCAAAACUGAGGGUACGCAAAUUGGUAUAAACACCCAAGCCUUACAGAAAAAAGCUGAGAACCUUUUGGACGCUUACAGCACGGCGCAUAAGAAUGUUAAGGCAUUGGAGUCGGCAGUUCCUAACGCUAUCAAGGAUUUGGAAACCGGCAUGAAAGAGGAUUUGGAGAGGCUGCAGAGAGAGAUUGUGAAGAAUAUGAAAGAACAUGUUGGUGGGAUGCUUUUGCAGAUUCAGGGGGAUGUGAAGAAGAUUAAGGGGCAGGCGGGGAGCCUCAAUGGCGAUGGUACAUGGACAGUACAGGGCUCCGGCCUUGAAGGCAUUAACACAAAAGUGGAGAAAUAUUUCAAAGCGUUCAAAGGGAGAGCGUUUCAAUCUUAUAUAGUGAAAGGCUGGCUGGAUGACAGUAUUUUGCUACACAACGGCCUGCUGACAACUAAGCUCGGGUGGGAUGAUGCAAACAAUGACCAUGCCAAUCUCGCGCUUGCCAUCAGUGGCAGGCUAAACGUUAACUAUCUUUAUGAUGCAGAAGAUACCGGUAAUGACCAAAGCUUCAUAACAGCCAUGAAUAAAUUAAAAGGCAAGUCUAAGAACAGCAUGAAAGACAAAAUCCAAUACGUCCACGACGUUUGCGAGGCGUUUGCCAAGGUGAUGGAUGACAAGCUGAAGGGCACGAACAGUGCUAUAUCUGGCAUAGUCUCUAAGGUUAAGGGGGCGUUUAAGAGUUAUGGAGGCGGCGGCGGCAGAACAGAGGAUGCAAGAAAGGCCAUAGAAAAGGCCGCCAAUAAUUGCAAAUGUGAGUGCGGAGAGAACUGCGAUAAGAAAACACCAGAAGAGUGCGCAAGAUGCCAGAAACCCGAGUGCAUAGUUAGUCAGAUCGUGGAAUUUACACUCUGCGCCCUGUCAUCCGUGGCCCAGCAGGUCCGCGAGGAACUUGAUUCACUGUUUCUCAGCCCCGAAGACGGAAACAUCGCAACGUUCCUGGACGCUGCGAAGGCGGCAACUGAUAAGCUUCACAAUAAUCUCGACGAGGCUGGAAAAGAAGCAAAUAAAAAGAACAAAACACCCCCCGCCGCAUCUUCCAGCCAGGACAAUGAAAUUCUGAAGAGCGUUCAGGGGAUUGAGGAGAAGGUUAAAGAGGGGAUGAAGAUCAAAAAUAAUAUUCCUCAGGACUUUGAAAAGAUCAUGGAGAAUUAUAAAGAGAAGCGAGAUGGAAAGGAUGUACACAAAAAAGACAGCCAAUAUAAGCAGUUGCUUAAAGACAUCCCCCAGGCGAUGAAGCCUUUCGAGGACAUGAAUGCUUUCACCGUUGAAGAAGGGAAAGAACAACUUAAAACAGGCCAAGUAAUAAAAGCAAAAGAAGCAGUCUCGAAGCAUCUCUCCACGGUGGAAGAAGAACUCAAAGAAAUCGCGUGGUUUGUUAGUAGUGACAAGCAAAAGCCGCCGUCUCUGAAGCUUUUGCCGGAUGGCCAAGAAGGUAUCCAAAAUUUGUUGAAAAAGCUUGAAGAGGGGCUUAAAGAUAAAGCUUUGGAUAACUCUAACAAAUGCCUCGAUAAAAUCAGGGAGGUUAUUGGAAAUCUGCAAAAAGAUGAAUUCAGCAAAACCACUGGCAUCGAAGAAGCCGUCCGCCUUAUUAAGUCGACUCUUAAAGAGCUUAGGAAGGAGUUGAGGAAUGAACAGGACAUCCAUAACAAAACUGCCAUUGUCAAUGCGUUGAACAAUUUGCAAAAAGAGGGUCUCAACACCAAGGAAAAAUGGCAGCCAGUUGGCGGUCAACAAGUCGAAGCACUGAUGAAAAUUCAUAAGGACAUUAAAAAUCUGAAAAUCAAUGAGUUCACUAGGCACCCCGGCAUAAUUGGCGGUGCAGUCGACGUUAUUACCCGGGAACUUUCACAACUCCAGAGUGAUUUACGGAAUCACGUUACCAGAAGGUUGGCGGACCUGAAAGAGAAGGGGCUUAUGCAUGGUGGUGGAAACUGGGAAAAUGACGGUCCCAAAGCAAGGGGAUUCGAAAACAUUAAAAGUGAGAUUAAAUCACAAAAUGCAAUAUUGCCAACCCAAACGCAAAACAUCGCCGAUGCCAUAUACGAAAUAAAAGGCGAGCUUAUGAAAAUCGGAUUCAAGUUGGACCAUCGUGGAAACCCUGAAGACGUCAUAGACCUGUUGAAAGAGUUGGCAAAAAUGAUGGGUAAAAGUAAGGACAAGUACAGCGUUAAUCUCCAAAGAAUUUAUGAUGAAAUUCAUUGGCAACAAAAUUGGCCGCUUAUUACAAAACCCAUCGAAAUUCACAGAGCUAAUGAGGCAAUUAAAAGCGAACUUAUGAGGCUUCAGAAUGAGCUGCAUGACAAUGUUACCAUUAAACUGACUACGUUGAAGAAUUAUGGUCUGACUAAUGGUGUGAACUGGACUGAUAAUAAUACGAAUGUUAGGGCUUUUGAGGACAUUACGAAUGAUAUCCACGGUCUGCAACAAGGCGAUUUGGGGAAAACUAGCGUAAUCACUCAACACAUUGGCGAAAUUAAAAAUGAACUCGACGAACAAAGAAACAAGUUGGAGCGUGAAGUUACCGCCAGGCUGCGGGACUUGCAAAGCAAAGGCCUAGCGGACGGUGAGUGGAACCUUGGCAGCCAAAAAAUCAAUGGCCUUACUAAAAUCACAAAUGGGAUCAGCGACAUAAAAUCUACGGAUGUCGGAGAUGUAAGAGAUAAACUCAGCAUCUUGCGCGGUGUCAUUAAGAACGCGGCGAAAGAUCUGAAAGACAACUUGAAGCUAAUGAAAGACAAUAUGAUCGGUGACAGGCUUGUCAAAAUUAGAGAUGAUCUCCAGCACCUGCACAUCACGCUGGUGAAAGGCGCCAUAAAGGACUGCAAGGAGUUCAUUGAGAGAGACGCCGACGUGUUCAAGCAGCGAUGCAUCGACGAGCUCACAAAGUACGUCGAGCAGGAACUGGAGGCAGAGGAAAACAAAUUGCUCGCCGAGGCCCGCCGGCAGUACGUGUCCACCGUCAGGGAGAUGCUUCAAGUCUUCGCCGCCAAGGUGGAGACGGAGCUAGAGGGACUGCCAGGCGAGAUCGACGAUGACCUGCGUAAAGGCUUCAAGGGGUUUAUGAAAAAUAUGGCAGAUGGGACAACUGAUGAUAUAAGCACCGCGAAAGGAGAAAAUAUCAAUAAACUUGUAAACGUCAAGGAUCGAAAAGAUGUCUCAGCAGUAUCAUCGGCCUUCGUGAAAUUCUUCGGACCGUUGAGUGGCUAUGUCAACGAAGAGAUUAUAAGGGCGCAUAAGCAAAAUAGUGCGGAAAGGAAUCCGCCGGGCACGGAUGAACAGACAUAUUCCUACAAGCUUUUCAUGAUACGUGACGCACUCACCAACUUACUCACUUACCUCAACGACAAAAAAGGCUAUGACCACAGACUCUCCGAUCUGCUCGCCGCGCUGACCAACGCCCUCAAUGACCUUAGACCUGAGAGCUUCGCCAAGCCCUCAACUCGCGUGCUAGAUGGAGUGGUGGAAGGCCUCCGCGCUUUCUAUGCCGAGUUCAAGCACUGCUACGUUUCCGCGUACUCGGGCGCCGAGUGCCGGGAGGCGGACGCCGACAAGUACGCCAAGGCGUUUCUCAGCAUGAUCCCGAUGACGCACAAUGCGUUCCACAACUUGGCAGAGAAAUGCGGCAGCAACUGGCGAAGCAACAAAAUAUGCAAGCUGACCGGCGACGGAAGGGACAACGGCCUGGGCAACUACCUUACCAGAUGCGGCUACAAGGUGUCAACGACCGACGGACUCCAGGAGGGGGAGUUACAGAAUCAAUUUUCGGGCGGCGCAGUUCAUGAGCUAUUUGCAUCCCCAGUUGCCGACGUGAGUGUCAAAAUAUUGAUCGAUGGCAAGUCGGCAGAGAACGAAAUUAGUGUCGUUGACUUAGUUGCGCUUUUCCAUAACAUGGCGUGUCGCUACCUCCAGGCGUGCCACUUGAAUAUCCCUUCGACGCCCAGAUACCCCUGCACAGUCAGGGACAUGCUGUCGUGGCUGUCCGGCCUGCAGUACACUCCGGUGGCGGACAAACUGCCUGACCACUGCAGAGCGUUGCUCGACCGCAAGUGCGACGAUAACGAUACCCCCAACAGGGACGACACAGUCAUGGCACAGUGCAUUACUAGUCUGCCGUACACUAUAGCAUCAUCGUGUGCGCACUCCACGUCACUGCUCGUAACCAUCCAAGGCCAUGGCCGCGGCUUCAACCUGGCCGCCUAUCCCUACUCCGUCGACUUCGCCAACAACCGCGCACAGCUGUACUACCCGGCUGACCCCGCCGAUCUGCUUGAUAUGCUGAGGCAGAUAUGCUGCCGUGCCACCGCCGAAACCAAGGGCUGGCGGGAAUGCCACUACGGCCGGCGGGUGCCGUACUCCCACUGGCAGUGUAACACCUACGACAACCAGGCCACCGACGCAAGUCACAACUGCCCGCCCACAUCGCCGCUGCAGUCCUUCCUCACCGACAGCUGUCCCAACCUCCUGCCGCAUAAGCUCAGUGUAGUUGACAGUGCCAUUGAAUGUGCCAACUGCCCUUCCAACCUGCCGGGCCAGCAGUGCCUCACCCCGCUAGGCUUCUGGGACCUUGGCCUGGCAGCCUCCAUGAGACGCACCGGCAAGGAUCUUGCCAAGUCACUCGGCCGUCUCUGCAGUGACGCCGACGCGUGCCUCUUCCAACUCUGCCGAACGCUGCAGUUGCUGUGCCCCACCGCACCGCAGUCACUCGGCGACGUGUUCUCGCUCUUCACUCAACUGCUCAGAAUGUGGGAUCACGAAUCAUCCCGGCGGGCGUACUCUCACCAUGAGAGUUACGUAACGCACCUGAGCGACGAGGCCAUCGACAAGCUGUUCCCUCUGUGGACUCAGCUCCACGGCAGUUACCGUAAUGCCAAUCUCACCGACGCCCUCCAGGCACUCGCCAGCCAUGAGCAUGAGAACUCAGGGCACGAUGCGCUCUCAAGUCUCUCCGCCGAGCCGCCUUGUCAACAACAAUACAUCUGCGCCCCCUUCCUCCAGCCGCUGUCGCUGCACGCCAACCACACCUUCCCGCAGAAACACGCCCAAAUCUGCCUCACGUGGGUAGUACACCUGGCAUGGCAGUUCUGGGAUUUGCUGCAACAACUGCGUGAUGCUUUUAACAACAUCGACUGCACGGCCCACGGCUGCGCCACGUGCCUCUGUCCUCCCGGCAACCACGGCCACAAGGACGCCUGCCACUGCCCGUCACUCGUAGAAUGCGGCGGACCCCUCCCAACACUCUACCGCUACGGAUUCGCAUAUCGCAACGCCCACGUCCUGGUCGCCGGCAGCCAGAAGAUACGGUGCAGUGACCUCAACGGCCAACUCACCAAGAUACUGCAUUCCAACCACUUCAGGGAGUUGUUCCACCAGAACGACCAGCUCAUCUGGCACAUCCGGAUGCCCUUCCUCUUCACCCUCAUAGCACUCUGGCUCAUCGCCACGCUCUACAUCCUCCACUCACUCCUCUACCGCAUGGACGUGCUGCGCAUCCGCUCGCACCUCCUGACUACCAGGGCCUCCCACCUCAUCGACGUCAAGGCGCUGCUCGCCGGCAGCCGCAGGAUGCUCUCACUCUACAAGGACGUCGACUACUUCGACGAUGACUUUAUCUCAUGA